AUGGCGCAAUCUCUAAAUGUUAUCGCGCUGAUCUCGGGAGGCAAAGACUCGCUCUUCUCCAUACUCCACUGUCAGGCAAACGGCCACCGCGUCGUGGCCCUGGCCAACCUGCACCCAGGGCCCUUGCCCAAUGGCGAAGAACAAGACACAGAUAGUUACAUGUACCAAACGGUCGGCCACUCUGUAGUCCCUCUGUACGCGCAGGCGUUGGAUCUACCGCUGUACCGCCGACAAAUCACGGGUACAGCAGUCGAUUCCAACAGGGAUUACACAGCGCCGUUGCCAUCUUCUUCUUCUUCUUCUUCUUCUUCUUCUCAGCAGACGCAAGUUGAAAAACAAAAGUCAGACACUCAUCAGCAAGAGAUCGUAGAGGAAGAUGGGGACAAGCAAGAAGAUGAGACGGAAGAUCUUAUCCCAUUGCUCAAACGCAUAAUGCAAGCCCAUCCAACCGCCAACGCCAUAUCCACCGGCGCAAUCCUAAGCACCUACCAGCGCACGCGUGUGGAAUCCGUAGCACUGAGACUUGGCCUCACGCCGCUGGCGUACCUGUGGCAGUACCCGCUGCUCCCGCCGUAUGAGCAGUCUGCGCUCUUGCGCGACAUGCGUGCCGUUGGGCAACAAGCAAUUAUCAUCAAGACGGCUUCUGGCGGGCUCGACGCUUCUUUUUUGGGGCUGGAUGUCGCUGGUGGGCCCGUCGCUGUGGCGCGGUUGAGUAAGGCGAUGGGCAUGUUUGGGGAGGAAGUGGGUGCUGGGGCGAUUUUGGGUGAGGGGGGGGAGUUCGAGACGCUGGCGGUGGAUGGGCCGGGGCCGCUGUGGAAAAAGAAGAUACGGGUUGAGGGGGAGGCGGUGGUGUUGGAGGGGGGGCAGACGGUGCUGAAGGUGGCGAAGAGUUGGGUAGAGGAGAAGACAGAGAUGGGCGAUGUAGGGGCGCUGAGGGUGCCGGAGGUGUUUGAUGAUGAGUUUGCAAAGGUGUUGGAGACGGUGGAAAGUACUGACCAGAUGAAAAUUGAGGCGGUGGAUAAUACCACGCAGAGCAUCGCGGUCACUACCAACCCGUCCUACGUCCUACCUACAAACACCAUGCACUCCACCCCCACCCUCCUCACCAUCUCCAACCUCACCUCCCCCACCUCAUCGUCCCCAUCCCAGCAACUCACCUCCAUCCUCCUCCUCCUCGACCAUCACCUCCACCAACACAACGUCCAAAAAUGCAACAUAACCCACACCACCCUCCUCCUCCGCUCCAUGUCGCACUUCACCACGCUAAACCCCAUCUACGCCUCCUUCUUCACAUUCAUCAACCCCCCCUCCCGCGUCACCGUCGCCUGCUCCGACACAAUGCCGGAAGGCGUAGACGUGAUGCUCAGCGUGAUUGCAGAGCGGAGCAAGAAAAGAGAAGGGUUGCAUGUGCAGAGCAUGAGUUACUGGGCUCCUGCGAAUAUUGGGCCAUAUAGUCAGGCCAUCUCUACCGCCCUGCCCACUUCACCCUUACCCAGCUCCAGCUCCGGCGCUGCAAGCGACGAAGACGGAGACGCGGAUGCAGAAAGGGAAGAAGGCAAGACAGCAGGCGACAUCGUCUACAUCGCCGGCCAAAUCCCCCUCCACCCCGCCUCCAUGUCUCCUUACACCACACACGGGUUUGCGGGCCAAGUCGUACUUUCACUGCAACACUUGUGCCGAAUCGGCGCUGUGAAAGGUGUGAAAUGGUGGACCAGCGGUGUCGCUUACAUCCCUUCUUCCUGCAUCUCCUCCUCCUCCUCUGCCAUCCACAUAAUCCAGCAAGCCUGGCGCACCAUCCACCUAUCCUCCCACCUCAACACCACCACCUCCUCCUCAGACGACACCCUAGAAUCCCAAGAUAUAGACCCUUGGGACUUACUCAACAACCACACUUCUUCUUCUUCUUCUUGUUUCUCAGACAAGUCCAUCCGCCCGCGAAUCCCAGACUACACCGCCUUGCAACCAUCCAACGAACAAGUACAAGUACAAAUCCCAAUCCCAAUCCCGCCUUGCUUCGUCGUUCAAAUCUCCUCACUCCCCCGCAAUGUACAUGUUGAAUGGAGUGCUAUGGGGCUUACUUCUCCGCAUAUUGCUUUCUCGCGAGAUGGCCCUGCGACUUCAAUGACUGCUGUGGAAGAUGGUCCGAGUCGAUUUUUCACGCUGGAGUUAUCGGUGGAGGAAGAUAUCGAUGUUUUGGCAGGUCGGAAAUGGAGCAUGGGCACACUGUAUAUAGCGCGGGGUUCAGUGAGUUUGGGGGAGCGACUGGUGGGAGGUGUGUUGGCGAAGAUAGGAGGGGUACAGUGGGUUCCUUGUGAGCGGGUUUGGGGGGAGGGGGGCAGGGAGGUUGGUGGUGUGUUUGUUGGGCGGGUUGAUGAGUAA